CUAUAUGGUUUGGGUCUGGUUCGCCAGUAAAAUUAUGACCGCAGACUGAAAAAUGGCGGCAUCAUCAUCUCAUCUCUUCGCACUCCCUACGCCGUUUCUCUCUGCACCAAACAGGAAUCGAGUUCGUGUUCUUGCGCAAUCAUGCCCGGACAAUCAGAGCUUCGAUUCGAACGAUUUGGAUUCUUCCUCGGAGACUACCCAAAAAGCCCAGGGGGAUCAGAAAUCAGUGUCACGGAGACAGUGGAUGACAGCAUGUGUGUGCGCAUCCGCAGCUUUAAUUAGCAAUUCUUACACCUUUGUCUCUGUACAAAGCGCAGCCGCUUCAGCUUUAAUUAGCAAUUCUUACACCUUUGUCUCUGUACAAAGCGCAGCCGCUUUAGACAAGAAACCAGGAGGUUCAUGUCUCAUAUGCAAAAUGCUGCAUGAGCUUACUACUGAUGCCCUUUUGGUUUUAAUAUUUCGGUUUUGUUAUGAUAUAGGUGAUAUGUGUGGUGGCACAGGAAAAUGGAAAGCUCUCAACCGAAAACGUGCCAAAGAUGUUUAUGAGUUUACGGAAUGUCCAAACUGUUACGGUCGUGGUAAGCUUGUUUGUCCGGUCUGUUUAGGUACAGGUUUACCAAACAACAAAGGUCUUCUCAGAAGGCCUGGUGCUCGUGAGCUACUCGAAAAGAUGUACAAUGGUCGACUUCUUCCCGAUUCAUGAGCAGAUUGUUACUGCAGAUAUGCUAUGAAGCACAGAGCCUUAGACAUGAUGAAAACUUACACAUUGAGGACGCCUGGAAAGCUAUAUAAAAGAAUGUUAGGAAUUCAACAUGUUUUUGUAAUGCUGCUAGGUUUGUGUUGUAAAUUCUAUAAACUUAAAACUUUCCUUCUUCCCCAUACAGAGUAGACGAUCAAUUUCGACGAUGAUACACACUCAGUCACUUAUGCAUUUAGGCAUAUAGAAUCACACACACUUGCUUAUUCUC